AUGGAGGUCUUAACAGACAUCACAGCCACCAUAAAUGAAGCGGACUAUGACGACCCUGUCAAAUUAAGGAGAAUUCUUCAGUAUUACAAUUCAGAGAAACAAGGUUCCCACUACAUUGUGAAAUGCUCCUACCAGCAGCUAGAGAAGCUUUCAGUUAAACUGUCCAUUCACUUUGGUCCCAGCUCCAAUCAGCCAUUCCAGUACAAACCUGUGUGCCCCACCUGUGGGCAGAUAUAUGGCACUUUGACAGGAAACCAACCUGAGGGAGGUUCAAUGACGGUUACCACCAACUCAUCCUCUUUACCUGGCUAUGAAGGUUAUGGAACUAUAGUGAUCCAGUAUGACAUUAGCAGUGGAAUUCAGAAGGACGAGCACCCUAACCCUGGUCUGCCAUACACAAGACUGUCUCGUACGGCCUACCUCCCUGACUCCACUGAGGGCAAACAGAUCCUGGACCUGUUAAAAAGAGCCUUUGAUCAGAGACUCAUAUUUACCGUGGGUCGCUCUUCCACAAGUGGCAGAAACAAUACAGUCACAUGGAAUGAUAUCCACCACAAGACCUCGAUAUAUGGAGGACCAACAUGUUAUGGUUACCCAGAUCCUGAGUACAUGGAUCGAGUGCGUGAUGAACUCAAAGCCAAGGGAAUUGAAUGACUCACGUUACGGUAUCAUGAUCUGUCAUUAACGGAAGACCAAAGACACACUGUAUAGUUAAAUUUGGGUUGCCAUUAAGAAAUGUAAUAAUACAUAUUAUAAGAGAUUGAGACAGCGUUAUAAACAUUUAUAACUACUUCAUUUUUAUCUUGUUAUAAAAGUACUGCUGAAAAAAGUUGACAUUUGCACAUUUUCAUAAUAAAUAGAACUUUCUGCAGCUCACUAGAAAUUAAAACAUUAAAACUAGGACAGUCUUUGUAAUUAAUUAAUCCAAAAAAUAUUACAAAAACGUGGGGGGUUUUUUCAUAGUAACAUUGAUUAAU